AGGAAAAGAGAGAAUCUAGGUUGCUUUAUUAUUGGAUCACUUUUCCCUUUGCUUAAUGGCUAAAGGUAAUUAAUUAGUAAAUUUAUUUAUGCUGCUGCGUAAACUAAACCCCUUCAGCUUGCUUAACGCUUUUGAUUAAUACUAUUUUUGUGUGCGUCUUUUUGCUUCUCUGGCUCAUAUUUUCUCGAGAUUUUCCUUCUUUGUUUGCUUGAAUUAUGGCUUCAACCUUGCUACUGGCUCUGGUUUUUGUGAUUGAUCUGAUUGCUUUCGCCCUUGCUGUUGCUGCUGAGCAAAGGAGAAGUACUGCCACUGUUGGCAAUAAUGGGAAAGAAAGUUAUUGUGUUUAUGAUGAGGAUAUUGCAACUGGUUUGGGUGUGGGUUCGUUCCUCUUCCUUCUGCUUAGUCAGAUACUAAUAAUGGUGACAAGUCGGUGCUUAUGCUGUGGGAAGGCCAUGAGACCAAGUGGAUCGAGAGCAUGGGCAGUUGUCCUAUUCAUCACUUGUUGGUUGUUCUUUUUCAUUGCGGAGGUAUGUCUGCUGGCAGGGUCAGUGCGGAAUGCUUAUCACACCAAGUACAAGAAUCUCUUAAAUGAUCCCCCAUCUUGUGCGACAUUGAGAAAGGGUGUCUUUGGCGCUGGGGCUGCAUUUGCUUUCCUAACAGCUGUAGUCUCUGAGCUUUACUAUGUGAGUUAUUCGAAGGCUAAUGAUGCAACAGUUAACUACGGCAAAGACACCGGAGUGAGGAUGGGAAACCUGUAGAUGGAUAUGCUCAGAGGCAGUCAUAAAAUUUCAUUCAUUGUUGAUUAGCCUUAAUGUUUCUGUUGUAGACAACUUAGGUUACAGCAUGUGUGUUUUAGUAUACAUGCGUCUUACCAUGGACAUGGACAUGUACUUGUGUUUUUCCCACUUUACGUUGCAGGUUUCUGUCUAAGCAUUUUGCAUGUUGUCUAAGCGCUUAGUGUUUCGUUUUUUUUAGUAUGUGAAGUGAUUAGAGUGACAUUUGAGAGUGUAUUUUUUCAGUAAUAUAUAGUAAUCUCCAUGGGAAUUUAUAAAA